GCUGCACCCGGUCCCCGACCCUCCAGCUCAGACCCCGGAGCGUCCCCCCGGCCCGGGGCGGUCACGGGCCCCCUCCCCCGAGAGACCCCCCCCCACGCGCGGUGCACGCUGGGACACCGAGGCAUUGUCCUGCCCGGCUCCCGGCCGCGGCGCGCGCGGUGCAUUGUGGGGGAGGAGCCUCGGUGCCCGGGCCCCCGGGCUCGGGAGGGAGCUCGGCAGCAGUGGCAGUGGCUCCCCACGCCCACCCUCCGCCCGCAGGGCCAUGGGGGACCUGGGCCUGGGCCAGGAGUUCCACACGUGGCAUCAGUUCAGCAGCUUCUUCGAUGACUGGUGCGAGAAGCACAAGGUGCUGUUCAUCAUCGCCAGCCUCAAGCCGCUGAUCUCGCUGCGCCAGAACCCGCUGCACUACCAGCCCAGCCUGGCCGCCACCCUGCGCUUCCGCUUCGUCCGCCUCAUCUGCAAGCACAGCGGCACCUACGUGGGCCAGAGCACCGUGCAACGCAACCGGCUCAGCGAGAAGAUCGACUGCCCGGCCUCCAUCACGCUGCGACUGGGCCCCAAGAAGGACCGUCUGGUGGUGAUUGAGGCCAGCCUGGAGCACAACCACAAGUUGUCAGAGGUGGAGUUUGCUCACUACUUCAAGCGUCACCAGCUGGAGGCCAGCAUGGGGCUGCCCAUCCGCAUCACCAACAGCGUGUCCAAGCGGUUCCUGGCGCCCGACCUGAUCUGGAACCUGGAGGACUACAGCAAGGCCAAGGACAAGGGCAUGUGUGAGCUGCUGAGCCAGCUGGACGGCCUCUUCAAGAGUGACCCAGGCGCCAAGGUCAAGCUGGUUUUCCAAGAGGACGUGGCUGUGCUCAACAGCAUCUUCUUGGCCACGUCGCACAUGCGGGGCCUGGUGCAGCGCUUCCCCCGCUGCCUCUACAUGGACAAGGCGGCCUGCGUCAACAGCGAGUUUGAGCUCUACUCGGUGCUCUGCCAGGACGGUAACGGGCGGGGCCGCGAGUGCGCCUACUGCGUGGCCCGCCGGGGCGUGCCCGAUCUGGUCAUCUUCAUUGUGGCCUCCCUGGUGCAGAGCGCGCCUGACAUCAAGCUGAAGGUGAAGUGCCUGACUGUGGGGGUGGGCAUUACGGAUGUGGACGCGGUGGAGGAGGUGCUGCCUUGUACCCGUGUGCAGAUCUGCCGGCUGCAGGUGCUGGAGGCGCUGUACCGCAAGGCGCGCGAGCUGGCCGUGCCCAAGGAGGACAAGGUGCGCAACCUGCUGCACAACAUGGCCAACGCCAGCUCGCCCCGCGUCUACAGCCAGUACCUGAGUGACCUGGAGGACGUGGCACCGCUGCCCUUCCUGCAGUACUACCUGGAGCACUGGCACCACAACAAGGGCAUGUGGGCAGAGUGCUGGGCCUUCGAGCGCAACUGCGACUGCCCCUUCCUGGAGCACAUGAGCUUCCACCAGCAGAAGCUGCGCUCGGCACUGAGCCCGCCUCUGGGGCUGGCGGCCUGCGUGCGGGGGCUGCUGGAGCUUCAGGUGCUGCGGGUGGAGAUGGCAGCGCUCAAUGAAGAGCGGGUGUCGGAGCUGUACCGCGCCGUGUGCCCGCCCGACAGCGCUGCGCUCAUCGCCGAGGAACUCGGCCUGGCCAAGCACGCCAACUACCACGUCAAGGAGGUGCCCGAGGGCUUCCUGCUGGAUGGCGGCAUCUGCUCCUUCCUGGUGAGCCGCGACCUGGCCGCCUGCUCCUGUUCCAUAUAUGUCUCAAGCCGCCGGCCCUGCCGCCACCUCUUCGCCACCCGCCUCUGGACUGGGCAGCCCCUCUACGACCCCAGCUUGCUGCAUGCUGCAUCGGGCGGUGAGGGGCAGGACACCUAUGGCUGUAUUGAUGAGCUGGAAGGAAACAUAGGCCCACUGCUGGUGAAGCAUACAGGGCUGCGGUGCAUUGUGGGAAGCGGGGGCUGGGUGCUCUGGUCCCUGCUAUUGCUGCUUGUGGAGCAUCCUGGUGCUGCCGGGCUGGCCCAGGCUCCCCGCGGGAUGGAGGAGGACGAGCUGCAGGAGAAGGAGUUCUUCUCGUGGGAGGAGUUCAGCGCCUUCUUCGACGCCUGGUGCGAGCGCAGGAAGGUCCUGUUCUUCGUCAAGAAUUCGGUGCCGCUCAGCAAGUGCAAGUGGGCAACGGCGCCCCCACGGCCUGAUGUGGUGGAGGCCCUCAAGUACAGCUCUGUGCGCCUGGUCUGCAAGGACUUCCGGGGCUCCAGCAAGCCCGACCAGGGGGGGCAGCACAAGGGCUGCUGCGCCAGCAUCGUGCUGAAGAUGAGCCCCAAGAAGGACCGGCUCAUCGUCACCGAGUGCCAGCUGGCCCACAACCACGCCCUGUGCCCCAUCGAGUUUGCCUACUACUUCAAGAAGGGCUACCUGAUGGCCAACUCGUGCUUGCCGGUGCGCACCACCAACAAGAUCUCCAAGCAGUUUGUGGGAGGGCCAGACGUGCGGCGCCUGCUCUCCUACUGCAAGAGCCGUGACCACGGGGUGCUGGACGUGCUGACCGUGCUGGACGGGCUCUUCGCCAGCGACCCCAACGCCAAGGUCAAGCUGGUCUUCAUGGAGGACAAGGUCAUCGUCCAGACCAUCUUCUUCCUGAGCUCGCGCAUGAUGGCGCUGAGCCGGCGCUUCCCGCUCAUGUUGUUCUUCGACCGCAUGGUGGGGCUGAACGAGGAGUUUGACCUGUAUUCGGUGCUGUGCGUGGACGGGGCGGGGCGGGGCCGGGAGGUGGCCUACUGCCUCACACAGCGGGAGACGCCCGACCUGCUGCGCUUCACGCUGGCCUCGCUGGUGCAGAGCGUGCCUGAGGUCAAGCUGCAGGUGCGGUGCAUCACGCUGGGCGUGGAGAUCGCCCACCUGGAGGCGGUGAAGGAACUGCUGCCCAAUGCCCGCGUGCAGAUCUGCCGCUCCCAGGUGCUCGAGACGCUCUUCAGCAAGGCGCAGGAGCUGGGUGCCGCCGAAGACGAGCGCAUCUGGCCCCUGCUCUGCCGGCUGGCUGCAGCCAAGUCACCGGCCGCCUACCAGCAGGCGGUGCAGGAGAUGAAGGCCAUUCUCCCCCAGCGCUUCGUGCGCUACUUCCAGCGCCAUUGGCAGCCGCGCAGUGAGAUGUGGGUGCAGUUCUGGGCCUUUGAGACGGCCCGCAACGUCAACGCCUGCGAGCUGCUCAAGCAGCACCAGCGCCGGCUGCUGGCAGCCCUCAGCCCCUCGCCCACUGUGGCCCAGUGCAUGCUGGACCUGCUGGCCAUGCAGGUGGGCAGCGAGGCCCAUGAGCUGGACGAGGGAGUGCUGGCCACGCACUACCGUGCCAUCUGCAAACCGGAGCCGGCUGGCCUGAUCGAGGAGGAGCUGGGCUUUGCACGGCACGGCCGCUACCGCUUCCAAGAGACGGCCGAGGGUUACCUGCUCCACGACGGCCUGUCCGAGUUCGCCAUGGAUCAGGCCCUGACGCGCUGCUCCUGCUCCAUCUACACCUCCAGCCUGCUGCCCUGCCGCCACCUCUUUGCCACGCGACUGCGCACUGGGCUGGCGCUCUUCGACCCUGGCCUGCUGCACAGGAACCAAGCAGCACUGCUGGGCGCAUGCUAGGGCCGGGGGGCAGGGACCCCAGCUGCUCUGGGUGCUUACUGUCUGGAGCCGCCAUGGUGGAGGGGCACUGAGCGAUCGCUGGUGUUUGGCUCGCAGGU